CCAUCCAGCGCGAACCAACCAACCUGACCAAACCGCCGCACACGAGCGGACCGAGCGGAAGCGCGAAAUCCUUCCCAGACAUCCCUUCGGCGGCGCGCGAAGCGAAAUCCCCACAGGCCGCGCCCGCCCUUCCGACCAGCGACGGUGCAGCCGCCGCCGCCCUCGGGAGCUCUACCUGCCCUCGAUUCGAGCGAGGCUCGGGUGGAAUCUCGCCGGAUUCGAGGCGGGAUUAACCAGGAUUCGCGGACGAUGGUGGGGUUCGUGGGGAAGAGGAAGGAACUGGAGCAGGUCGUCGACGGCCUCUCCGACUUCUCUCUCUCCGGCCCCGCCGCCAAGAGCCGCAGAUUGGACCGUGGACUCCCACCUAUUAUGGAAGAAGAACCACCAGCCCCUUCCAUGGCAUUUCGACGUGAGAUGCUGGGAGAGGAAAUCAAUAGUGAUGUUAUCAUGCCUAGUGUGGAAGACUUGAUGGAAGGUGCAAUGGCACCUCAUGUGUCUUGCGAGGACAUGUCACUCGUUUUAUACAAACCAGUAGAUAACCUUGUACCCUUUGGUCCUGGUAUCUCAAGCUCUUCAUUCAUAGUCAGUUCAGACUUGAUACGUGGUCUAAAGAAUCAUGCUUUCAAUCAAGGGAACUAUCAUGAGCUGGAGGACAAAUCUCCUGAGCGGUGCAACAGCUUGGCUUUAGUUCCUUGGGCACCACUACAGAUCGCUAUAAGAUCUGAUUGGGUUGCCUCUGAGCUAGAAACCACACAAAAUUUUGAAGUGCCAAUGGAGGCUGAUGAGACUGAAGCAACUUCAAUGGAUGUCGAGGAUGCGCCUGAAGCAACUGCUGUGGGAUUUGACGGUGAGAACCUUCACCAGUGGCAACAACAUUGUAUGACCCCACCGUCAUUACCAAACCCAUCAACCCAUGUUAUGUGGUCUAGGUAACAACCGGAGGCAUAGUAUGUGACACCAAGGUUGAAGAAAUCCUCUAAUUGGCCUCCACGAGUUGUGUAGUAGUGGAUGGGUGCUUUAGAUCAAUUGAAAGUGAGAACAUAUAGUUGCUAUGCGCAGAGCAUGUUACCAUCCUAGCGUAGUGCUAAUGUUCCCAGUAGUGUCAGUAUCAGCAGACUAUCAUGCUACAAGAGAGCCCUAUCAGGUCGGCAUCCAAUUAAUUGAAGUGACGUUGGAUUUUAUAAC